CUGUAAUACUGAUUAACGUUCAUAGAUAGCCUCAGUUUUUCUAGGUUAUUUCUAAGUUAGUGAUGUUCCUCACAUUCAUUUUGUGGACCUAGAGUAUCAUUUUUUGCUGAUUAGGAUCUCUUGAGGGUGUUUAAAUCAAUUAACGAUUUCCAAAUAAUCGAUGUGUAUAGAUAAAUUGAUAAAAUCCCUCCAAACAAAUUUGACAGCUUUGACGGUUAAUGGCGUUUGAGUAACUUCACACCGGGAGAGUGCUUUUGUUGACAAUAACCGACCUACCAUAACCGAUGUUUCAUAAAUAGUUUGCAGUAUAUUGUUAUUACACCAAUUUAACACUUACAACAAUUUGAACUAAGUAAGUAAUUAAUUAGUAAUGGAGUUGUUAGACCCAAAAGAAGUUUUAACAUAUUUAAACGAAAAAGGAUUCCAUAACAUAUCAGCACAUCAAUUGAAGGAAUUUAUUUAUGAUUUAAAAAGGCUCAUAAAACACGAUUUACAAUUGCAAGAGAGAAAAGAACAUGAAGAAGAAUUAGAAAAAGAAAGGUUAUUUGAUUACCUUUAUAAAACUUCGACAACUAGUUUUGAAGCAAAACGGGCUAAACAUAAAAAAGACUAUAUUCCUAUACCUCUUGAGAAACGUAAACCAAUGUUCAUUCAACCAAGUUGCUGUAAUAAUAAACAAGAUACAAAGGUUAAUCCAAAACAUGUUAGUUCGAAUUAUUCUAAAAAAUAUAGUGAUACAGUAGAUGCAUGUGAUGGUGAGGUUUAUGAAAGCUGUCAAAGUGUUUGUUCGGAAAGCAUAAACCCAGAAUUGAUGAAUGCGAAAUCAGAUUUGAGUUUGCCAACUAAAUCUUCAAAAUCUAAAGCUUUUAUACGACCUCGUCUUAAUGUGAAGAAGCCUGUGAAUAAAUCAGAUCCUGUUGCCUUAUAUCAUGCUUAUCAAUCGGACUGGAAAAAGUUUAAACACCGAAUGCCUGGCCAAACUAAUAGAAACUCUUUAAGGUGGAAUAUACGAGAGAAAAUGAUGGGAUAAUAAAAUUGAGGUUUU